AUGGCGUCCUCCAUGAAGGCCUCCGUCAACACGGGCUCCAGGGCUGCGGUCGCGGGCACCCCCAUGAGGGCCGCCGUCAGGGGCACCACCACCCGCAGCAGGACGAGCGUGUGCGUGCAGGCCGCGGACUCAAGCCGCCGCGAGAUGCUCGUGGGCGCUGUAGUAGCCGCCGGGCUGAUGGCGGGCCCCGUGAUCGCCGCCACCCCGUCCACGAUCGUCCCCAGCGACGACAGGGGUGCCAAGGCCACCUUGGAUCGCCGCGAUGAGGCCCUCGACUUCGAUGCCGACAUCCGCGAGCGCCUGGGCCAGACUCAGUACCGACAGAACAUCGAGGAUACCAAGAAGCGCGUGGCCGAGUCGAAGAAGAAGUUUGCUUCCGUGGUGAAACCCAACUUGGACAAGUCGUACUGGACUCAGGCCCGCGAAGGCCUCCGUCUGCAAAUGGGAUACCUUCGUUACGACCUGAACACGCUGGCGACGUCCAAGGCCCAGAAGGCCAGCGUGAAGGACUUCGUCGCCCAGGUGGAGAAGCUGGACGGGGCCCUCCGCGCCAAGAACCUGGAAGCGGCGCAGGGAGAGUACGCGGCGACGAUAUCGCUUUUGGACAGCGUCACCGCCGGCUUGUGA